GUCCUAUCAACCCCAGCGAACCAGCGAAGCAUUAAAACAAAGAGAGAGAAAGAGAGACUGCUUGACUCGAAAGAGCUCUCGAAAGCAUCAAACAACCCAUCAAGCGCUCGCCCAACUACUGGUACCCUCAUGACAGAGCCAGCUGCAGGCGAUCUAUUGCCUCUUGAAAUGGGCAGCGCUGGGAUGAUCCAAGAUGAAGCUACUAGUAUCGAAGAAGAUACAGCUGCCACCAAACCGAUGGGUACCAGCACUCUCCCUUUUACUAGUAUCAGCCUCGAUGUCUGGUCGAUGAUUUUGGAGUUCCUGCCGGCCCAUGAUCUGCUAGAUCAGGUUUCCAAAGUCUCCCAGCAGUUUGACUCCAUUUUGAGAGACGAUAUCUUCUGGAAAUCUUACACCCAAGCCAUCGUAGUGAACAACGACCAGAACUGGAAUUUCUACAAGAACCAAAAGCUUGUAAAUGUUCUACCGUUGCAACAAAUGUGUGUCUUUGCUACUGGCCCCACGCAUGUUCAACAACCAGAGAAGAGAGGCUUUCGAUGCCAACGAUCGCAGUCUCUCUUGUAUUCCUCCAGUCAAGCUCGAAGUCUCUGGGAGAGAGACAAUCAAUGGACUUGUUUGGCAUCCUCUACCCAUCACACACCGCGAGAAGUCAUUGAAUGCACUCUCUCGCCCGCGAUACGCUCUUGGGCCAGCCGACCACUCAGUCCGGGAUGGUGGAGUUCCCGGCCGUCCCCUUCUUCCACCAAUACGAAAGAAACACUACUCUACAAAACCGUGUACCCACAAACGUACCUCACACGUGUGGCCAUUAAUCCCUUGGUGGAUACCUUUCGUGGCAUGGUGUUGGUCUAUGGAUGGCAUCAAACCAAAAUUACCGCCUACUGGUUGCCACCCUCUCAUUUGGAACAACACCAGCACAAGAAAAAAUCACAACAAUCACUGACAGACGCACAACGGAUUCAAGCAUUGUUGCAGGAUCAAAGACCCGUCUACGAAUCGGCGCUGCUACCGACCAAACAAUUGGCACGUCCCGUGCGACUCUCUAGCAAUGCUUGGGAAGUGCACGAAUUCCCUUCGGGUAUCAUUGCCAAUGUUGUUGUCAUUGAGCUGAUGGGAAAGAAAUCUCGUGAAAUGAUGGGAUACUAUGCCUGUGUCGAGCAAGUCCGGAUGGAGGGUAUCCCGCUGUUGGACGAUCGAGAAGCCUUGUCCAUGAACUUGAAGACGCUUCGAGGGAGUCGUACUCAUCCGUAUUGGACCAAAGGAUAUCACAAUGUGGAUGACAGUGAUAGUGACAGUGACAGCGACAGCCUCAGCAGCGGCAGCCUUAGCGGUAGUGGUUUUUCCAGCGACGAAGACGAGAGUGACGACGAAGAUGUCGCCGACAGUGACGGAGAAGGCAUGGCAGAAGAGAAUGAAGAAGCACAAAGUGACCACGAAGAAGGAGGAAUGCGCGUGGAUAACAAUGCGGGAGAGGGGGAACUUGACGUCCAUCCGAAUCCUGUGCAGAACGACGACGACGAGGGAGGGAUCAACCGCAUGUUUCGUAAUGACGAGGAUGACGGAGACUAUUGAUCGAAAUAGAAAGCCCAAAUUCAAAUUCAAAAUUAGACUAUAAACACCAUGAUCGGCUAUUCCAAAAGGCAUACCAGUAGCAGGUGAACAUUCUACCGUGCCUUUGUUUGCGAUCAGUUCUGGACAC